CUGCUUCUUCUUCAACUUUCCAUCCUUACUACAUAUUCAUUUCAAUGGCUUCCCUUUCAUUUACGACUUCUAUUAGACCAUUUUCCCCUCCUUAUAUUUCUUCCCCAUUCCAUUUUCUUCCAUUAAUUUCCCAAAAUGAAGAAACCCUUCAAUUUCCCCUUUCUGUUUCCCUUCCUUCUAAUCCUCUCCUUUUUUCGUCUCCCAAUCCAAUCUUCAGCUGAUCCCAGAGCCACUGAGGCGGCGCUAAUAUGUUCCAACAACACCGCUUCGCCCGCGGAACGAUCGACCUUCGUGGCGAAUUUUUUGGACUCUAUGGAUGCUGUUACUCCUCUUAUUGCUUCACAGCGAUUUGCUGCUGUUAUAAAUGGGACUGGAAAUACGACUGUUUAUGCUUUUGGGGAGUGUAUGAAUGAUCUUUCUCAAUCGGAUUGUGAUCUUUGUUUUGCCCAGAUGAAAACUCAGAUCCUGCGGUGUCUUCCAUUUCAGCUUGCUACUCGUGGGGGUAGAUUGUUCUAUGAUGGGUGUUAUAUUAGGUAUGAUUAUUAUAAUUUCUUUAACGAGUCUUUGAGUGCCGUGGAUAGGACUGUAUGCGGGAAAUUGGAUUAUAGUGGGAAUCGGAGUGUUUUUAGUGAUUCUGCUAUGAAAUUGGCGAGGAAUUUGAGUGCUGUAGCGCCAAAGAAUAAUGGGUUUGCUGUAGGAUUGGUGGAUUUUAGGAAUGUGUCUGUUUAUGGAUUGGGUCAGUGUUGGAAAUUUGUGAGAGGGAGUUCUUGUUCCAAGUGUUUGGUUGAUGCAGCUAAGGAGAUUGGUUCUUGUCCUCCAAAAAGUGAAGGAAGGGUGUUGAAUGCUGGCUGUUACUUCAGAUAUUCAACUGAAAGGUUUUAUUUCAACACCACUGCAACCGCCACAGGAGGAAAUAACAGACGUCGUCGUCUGGCGAUAAUUUUGGCUUCAAUAUCUGCAGCCGUGGCUGCUGCAUUGAUUAUUUCAACGGUCCUUUUCUGUGCCAGAAGGAGAGUAGUGAGGAAACGCAAAGAGAAAAGGCAACUGGGGCCUCUUGUGGCUAUUGUUAACAAGUCCAAGCUUAAUUUUUCUUAUGAAACUCUUGAGAAGGCCACAAAUUACUUCGACCAAUCCAAUAAACUGGGACAAGGAGGUUCCGGUUCAGUCUAUAAAGGAACUCUAUCAGAUGGUAGAGUUGUAGCAAUCAAGAGGCUUUUCUUCAAUACAAGACAAUGGGUUGACCAUUUCUUCAAUGAAGUAAAUCUUAUUAGCGGCAUCCGACAUAAAAAUCUUGUAGGGCUGCUUGGAUGCAGUAUUACGGGCCCUGAAAGCCUUCUUGUUUAUGAAUACGUGCCCAAUCAGAGCUUGCACGAUUACCUUUUUGGUAACAAGAACGUCCAGCCACUGAGUUGGGGAUCAAGAGUUAAGAUUGUCUUAGGUACAGCUGAAGGCUUGGCUUAUCUUCAUGAGGAGUCAAACGUGAAAAUCAUUCAUCGUGACAUAAAAUUAAGCAAUAUUCUGCUGGAUCAUGAUUUUACUCCAAAGAUUGCUGAUUUUGGACUUGCUAGAUUGCUUCCUGAAGAUAAGACACACAUUAGUACUGCAAUUGCUGGCACACUAGGUUACAUGGCUCCAGAAUAUGUAGUUCGUGGCAAGUUAUCUGAAAAGGCAGACGUUUACAGUUUUGGAGUUUUUGCCAUUGAAGUUAUCACUGGAAGAAGAAAUGGUCACUUCUAUCAAGAUUCAACGUCCAUCUUACAAAGGGUAUGGAAUCUUUAUGGAGAGGGAAGGCUAUAUGCAGCUGUUGAUCCAAUCCUUGCGGGUGAUUAUCCACGAGACGAAGCAUCUCGGUUGCUUCAAAUAGGUCUAGUUUGUGUGCAAGCCUUUGCUGACCUACGUCCAUCCAUGUCAAUGGUUGUGAAAAUGCUUACAGCAAAUUAUGAGAUUCCCCAGCCAAAACAACCUCCAUAUCUUCAUCCUUCUUCAAGUGGAAGCAUGAAACCUCAGAAUUCUUCAGACUCAUCCAAUCCCAAUUUGUAUUACAACUCACGAACCUCUCAAAAUAGCAUGACCCAAAGCAUCAUAGACCCUAGAUAAGUUGUGUUCCCGUGCAAUCAUUCCGUAUCUUGUAUAUAACAACCGCAAUCUCAUCCCUCGUUGAGUACACCGUCGAAAAUGGGAAACAUAACAUUCUGAUACGAUCUUGUGAUCAUCAGAGAAGAAAACUAUGACAAUCAAGUUAAUAUAGUGGAGAGAGAGUUCGGUAAGCUUCUAUUUGUACGGUGUAUUCCAUGUAAUAUAAUGUGAGGAAAUUUUCAGCUUUCUCUAUUUGUCGUUGUACAAUAUGGAGCUUUACAGUAUUAGUAAAGACAUAAGAAACUUGGAAUUUAUUCUCUAUAUUUGUAACACAAGCAAUAAUUUUCAGUGUCCAAA